AGCGAAAUGCUUCAAAUCACACGAAUGAUUUUAAAGACAAGACAGAAUCGUCAUAUGAAAAAACUUGCUCGGAACGUCGUGGCAGCGCUCCAACGACCCCCAUUCUCGGGUCCCGAAACAUGGAUGUAUCAACUCCUUCCCGAUUUUCAAACUUCUUCUCCAAAAGAUCUUUCAAAAACAACCCAUUAAAAAGAACCAAAAGUGUUACCAAACUUGAAAGGAAACGAUGCACAAUGGAUGGUGACAGUGUACCACCCUCUCGGCUUCGUACCUCCCGUUCUCACGAAUCUUUGUUGCUGACUAGUCCAAGUGUUUUGCAAAGGCUGGAUAUAUCUCAAGGUGAUGUGCAGGUGAUGUCACUGCAUGGUAGUCUUCUAGGUCAAAAUUAUUGCUUCCAGCUGACUUCUAGUGGUGGGACCACGUACUAUUCAUGUCGCACUGCAGAGGAGAGAGAUAAAUGGGUUACCAGUUUACGACAGUCCAUUCAUCCUCACCAAGACAACAUUAGGCGAAUAGAAAAUUCCUUAAAAGUAUGGAUACUAGAAGCAAAAGGAAUCUCUUCAAAAAAAAAGUACUUCUGCGAACUAUGUUUAGACAAAACUUUGUAUGCAAGGACAACUUCUAGACAGAAAGCUGAUAUCUGUUUCUGGGGAGAACAUUUUGAGUUUAACAAUUUGCCACAAAUAGAAACUAUUACAGUCAACCUGUACAGAGAAGCUGACAAGAAAAAAAGACGAGAUAAAAACGUUUUGCUAGGUACAGUGCAGAUUCAUGUUAGUAAUGUAAACAGUAGGCACAUGAUCGAGAAAUGGUAUCAAGUUGUGAUGGAGAAAAGUUUGAGUAAUAAAGAUACUCCAUCAGUAAGGAUCAAAGCACAGUUCCAAGCAAUAGACAUCCUUCCAUUGUCUUACUAUAAGGAGUUUUUACAGUACAUUAAAUUGGAAUACAAGUGCCUGUGUGACAUUUUAGAGCCCGUUAUUAGCGUACGUGCAAAGGAAGAGAUAGCCACUGCUUUAGUACACAUCAUGCACAAAGAAAGUAUGGCCAAAGCUUUUCUUUCAGAUGUUGUGAUGGAUGAUAUCGAAAAGAUUGAUGAUCAACAUUUAACCUUUCGAGGAAACUCACUUGCCACAAAGGCUACAGAAGCCUACAUGAAACUUCUGGGAGACAAGUAUCUUCAGGACACAUUAGGCGAAUUUGUACGAACAGUUAUGGAAAACUCAAAUGACUGUGAGGUGGAUCCUAGUAAAGUUUCCAACAAUGCAGUUCUCCAACGUCACCAGUCAAACCUGUUAACGUACGUGAAAAUGGCUUGGCACAAAAUUAUCAAUUCUGCUCAUAGUCUGCCAUAUGAAUUAAGACAGGUGUUUUGUGAGUAUCGGGAGAGGUUAGCAGCUAUGGGAAGAGAAGACAUUAGUGACAACUUGAUCAGUGCUUCCUUCUUUCUAAGAUUUCUGUGUCCAGCAAUUUUAUCUCCAAGUCUCUUCAAUCUGACGCAAGAAUAUCCACAGGACAAAGCAGCUAGAAACUUGACCCUCAUCACUAAAACCAUUCAGACAUUAGCAAACUUUACCAAAUUUGGUGGCAAGGAAAGUUUUAUGGAAUUCAUGAAUGAAUUUGUUGAGAAGGAAUGGAGUACUAUGAAAACCUUUUUGUGGCAAAUUUCUAGUCAUCUAUCCAAGGACCACCACUCUAGUCUAGAGUUGGAUACAUACAUAGACCUAGGAAGAGAGUUAUCUAUCCUUCAUUCCCUUCUUACAGACUGUAUUUCUAGGGUAAACAAGAAGUGUCAUUAUGAACAAGUUGAAGUUCUAGAACAGAUCUUAGAAGGGACUUCUGUUGCAGCCAUCCAGCCUUCCUGUUUCCGACAGAUGAGUGCCCCUCACGACAAGACCAAAGAACAGCUGGGAACAGCUCUUCAGGACACUGAAAAACCAAAAUACCAAAGUCUACAGAUUGCAAAAGUAAAUGAUUCUGACAGUAUGGAGAAUGGAGAACCACAAAACCAAAUACCAAAGAACAACUCCGUUUUAACAACAACACAUCAACUGUCUAGCACAGCACUUUCUUCUCCAAAAAUUCCACACAGGCCAUCUACUCUACCUAGGAGCAACUUUAUAUCAGGAUCCACCAAGAAGGCAGCACAAGAUUUAUCCACAUCCGGAGAUUAUGUUUUAACCACUGCAGUAGAAAGCGACCAAAUCAACAUACCAUUCAGUAAAGAGAAAUUAACUCAGGCCAGUAGAAGAACACAUUCCAGCAUUUACUGUACACCGAACGGUAAUCUCCCUGCUAGACUCGCACAAUCUGCGUAUAAUGAAACUCCUAUCAAUGGAACCUACCCAGGACAUUCUGUGUGUGCAAAUAAACGAAAUCAAUACUUAAAAAACAAUUCUUCUUAUUCUGUGAUUCAACAAGUCCGAAAUCCAACCUACGAUUUGCUAGAGAUAAAAACAGCGGAGAAAUCUAGCCGACCCAGUGGGAAGGAUUAUUCAGAUGUUAUGGCCAUUGAUAAUAAUAAUCCUUCCAUCUCUUCAGGUGAACUGGAUUACCACAAUAUUCAAGGAAGUCAGAUAUCCAUUAGUCAGCUAUCUACUGUAGCAUCCUCUGGCUACCAGUCCAUAGCAUUUAGCCAGUCCAGCUCCCCUGUUGACCAGCUUCACUUGGAGUCACAUGGUUGCCAGCAGGUGGCACCACCUUUAGCUUUUAACAAUCCUAUGUAUCGCUUCUCUGAAAGUGACAGUCUGCCAUUUGACAGUGCCAAACCCAGUAAGCCCAUCAGGGAUAGGGCAUCUGUAAGCAGCUCUCUCAGCAGCAGUCACAGUGUUGAUGACUUAUCUGUUGUUGGUGAACCAUACUUAGAUCUGGCUGAGUCUGCUUCUGUAAUCACCAUGUCUGGACACCACUGCUAUCCACCUUCUUCUUCAUCUGAAGGAGACAGCUGUGAGUCAAGCCCUCCAAGAGAUCGUCAUGCCCCUUUCAAAUCAUCUGCUUCACACACAAAUCCUCAUUAUUCUAGCUUAUACCAGUUAGUAUCCUCACCUGUAGGAUCUGACCAUUGUAAUACAUGUCCACGAGAGGGUGGGCCUCGCAGACGAAAGCUAGAACGUCAGACAUCUUUUGAUGUCAUCGGUUCAAACGGAAGAAAAAUAGAGGAUCUGUGGGACAGUGAUUCUUUAGAUUCAGCAUCUGACCUUCUAGAAAUACUGAAUAAGAAACAUUUAUCUCGGGGAGGAAAAGUUGCCCAUGGAAAAAAUUGUAAGAUGAAGAAAACCAUCGAAGAGUAUGAGAAAGAAAUAGAAAACUUAAAACAUCUGAUAACUGAGCUACAAAGCAAGCUGAAUCAAGCAGAAAAAAAGCUUUUUCGUCGAGAGUUCAAUACAGAGCAGGUUAUGGCAAACUGGCAUGCUAAGUUGGAAGCUGGUGAAGAACGUCUGAAGAAACAACAAGAAGAAAAAGAUCAGCAAAUGAAAAAUAUUAUUACCAGGUUGAUUACUGUGGAGGAUGAGUUGCGACGUGAACAGCAAGAGAUGCAGGGAUUGAUUGUCGUCAAGCAGAAGGUAAUUGAAGCACAAGAAAGAAAGAUCCAUUCACUAGACUCUGCUAAUGUGAGGCUUGUGAAAGCUCUGAGUCAGUUAAAGGAACGCUACAAACUUCUGGGACAAAAUGGAUUAAGAAACUCACCUCCACUACAAGUACCUCUCCUGGAAAAUGGAGAACUUCCUUACAAGAGUAGUUCUUGCUAAUUUAUCUAAAGACUCUGUUGUCAGCCCACCAAGGUGACGUGUACCUCCAGGCCUGCUGCUAACAGUAUCAGCCAGUGCAAUUUUUUUGUGUUUGUAUUAGAAUAAAUGCCCCCCAGUGGUACAGCAGUAUGUCUGCGGACUUACAAUGUUAGAAACCGGGUUUCGAUACCCGUAGUGGGCAGAGCACAGAUAGCCCUUGUGUAGCUUUGUGCAUAAUUAAAAACAAGCAAAUGAGAAUAAAUCAUUACUUUUUAGUUGUGUGGUUGGUCAUUCUGGCAGUUAUAAAAAAAGAAAACAUGAAUGAAGUGAUUUCCUCAAAAGAAAAAAAUUCUAAAUUUUACUCUUUAGGAAAUGAU